AUGGACGCCAUCCCCGCGCCAGACGAGCCUUCAGAUCCCAUCACAGAACUGGGCCAAACACUACUAGUUGGGAAAAAGGACGCUCCAGAUGCUAGUGAAAUCGUCUCAAACCGUCUCACCCGGCUCGCGCACCUAUCAACCCUCCAUGAGUACCAAAAGCAUCCUACAACCCUUGAUUCCAGGACGGUAAAGCAAUGCCUCGACACACUGGAAUUAUUACUAGACCCGCGUUCAAAUCUCACGAGAGAGAUCGCGCUAUGCCGCCCUCCGCAACCCCGUCCUGGAUCUGCUGUUAACUAUUCUAAGCCGCCAAGAAAACUUGAAGGCCCGAGAACACCGCCCAUCUCUCCCUCCAGCCCGCAUUCCCGUUCACGCUCCUUGGGUGCGGUUUCGGCGAGUCGACCGGCGCGAAUGCGCCACGACCUAGCAGCUGUCAAUGACCAAGUGAAGAUGCUCGGCGAGGCAUUUGUGAAGCGUCGCGAGGAGACGCUUUACAUAUACUCACUAUAUGAUAGCGAGCGAGUGAGGCUGCGGCGGCGGAUUGCUGAAUUAGAAGCUGAAAUUGAAGAACUGCGAGCGGAUAUGCAGGAAGACUUGGCCGAACGGGAAGCGCUUCAAGGUACUGUACGUGGAUUGGAAGCUUGGGUCGAAGGAAUGCAGGAAGAGUAUCAGUUGGCGCUCCAAGAGAAAUCAACGGAAGCAUCCGGGUAUGGUGGACGAGGAUGGUGGAAGAAGAAAGUUAACAAGCCCGGUGGCUUUGAUGCUGAUACACUUUUUGAAGGCAUCACGGCUUGGAUGCGAGGGUGGACUGACGUUGAGGAAGAAUUCCGCAAUCGAGAUAAAGCUCGCAGGUUCAGGCAGGAGAACAAGCAUCAAAGCCAACAUAGAGCACCUCCAGAUAUCGACUAA